UGAAGCCGGAAGCCGGAAGUGGGUCUGUGGUGGACGUGUUCAGGCGAACCGGGAGCCGGCGGGACAGAGCAAUGGAGCCGCUGUACCAGCAGACCCACAAGCAGGUCCAUGAGAUCCAGUCUCACAUGGGACGCCUGGAGACGUCAGACAAGGAGUCUUUGCACCUAGUAGAAAAUGAAAUCCAAGCAAGGAUAGACCAGAUAUUCAGCAGCCUGGAACGCCUGGAGAUUUUGUCCAGCAAAGAACCCCCUAAUAAGCGCCAGAAUGCCAAACUCCGUGUCGACCAGUUAAAGUAUGAUGUCCAGCACCUGCAGACUGCACUGAGGAACUUUCAGCAUCGGCGAUACGCAAGGGAGCAGCAAGAGAGGCAGCGAGAAGAACUUCUGGCAAGAACCUUCACCACCAACGACUCUGAUACCACCAUACCCAUGGAUGAAUCACUGCAGUUUAAUUCCUCCCUCCAGAAAGUUCACCACGGCAUGGAUGACCUCAUUGGAGGCGGGCACAGUAUUCUGGAGGGACUGAGGGCACAGAGAGUGACCCUGAAGGGCACUCAGAAGAAGAUCCUGGAUAUUGCCAGCAUGCUGGGGUUAUCCAACACUGUCAUGCGACUGAUUGAGAAGCGGGCCUUCCAGGACAAGUAUUUCAUGAUAGGUGGGAUGCUACUCACCUGUGUGAUCAUGUUUCUGGUGGUGCAGUAUCUGACAUGAGCAAGCAGAGCCCAGUGACUGGAAACUGUUUCCAUCGUGUGCAUGUGCGUGUGCGUGUGCGUGCGUGUGUGUGUGUGUGUGUGUGUGUGUGUGUGUGUGUGUGAGAGAGAGAGAGAGAGAGCACCUGCCUGCCUUGUGAAAUAGACUGCCUGUCAUAACUGUGAAUGCCACUUCAGACUCAUUUUCAUCUAUAACCCAGCAGGAGUUUCAAAACAACUCCUGUUUUCUUUAACCUCUUGGAGGGGAAAGCCAAGACCACUUAAGAAGCUUUGUUCUUGGGAGCCAAGUGACCUCCGCUACCCUGAUUUGGGGGAGGAAAAGAAAAAGUGACAUGCCUUAGAUGAUUUUGCCCACACAGCCUGUGUUCUGUGUCUGAAGAAUCUGAAGAUAUUAGCCUUGGUGACUAGAAGGCUCAAACACUUUUGGUACUCACCUGCAGUGGGACCGAGUUGGAGGUGGGUGAGGGGACAGUGAACAGAUUGGAACAGGUACUUCUCCCAGAGUGCAUAAGGGAAAAAUUAGAUAUCCAUUUCCCAUACCCCUUGCAGGAAGUGUACCUGCUUUUUGCCUCCUACCCACAAUUGUUGCUUCCCUCCUCCCCACGCCCCCCCCCCAAAAUAGGUGAGCAGAUUAAACCUACCCCCUGAAAAAAAAAUAGGUUGUACAGAUUGAAUCUACCCUGCUAGCAGGGCAGCCUAGUGCUUUCUGACAUUUCCCCUGGAGCCAUUAACCAUCAACACAGGAAGAACAGAAAAAAAAGAAGAUACUGUUAACAACAAGUUCAUUUUUACACAUUAGUGUUUUACGGUGUUUUCCUUUUUAAAAUGAAACUAAUGUUAUUUCGGAUCUUUUGGAUUUAAGACUGUAGAUUUUAGUAUUCUGAUUUAUAUACACACACACUCAUACAUACAUAUAUAUGCAUACAAUAGAAUGGCUUUUGUUUCACUCAGUUCUUGGGAUUCACAAAGUGUAGCCCACAUGGAAAGCACUCUGCUGCAAUUCUCCCUUCCAUUCUCUCUUAUUCCGGAGCUAUAUAAGGGGGAUUGGAAGGCAAAAUCUGAGCACAGAAUAAUAAUUUACCUAUUUCAGGUUAUCUCUGGUCUUCUGGCAGCUUCAGUUCACCUAGAGUCUUCUUCCCCAAGAUAUGUUAAUAUUGGUUCUGAAUCUCACUGUAUUACCCACUGGAGGGUGGAAGUCAAAAGAUUUGUCUUGGGCCCCAUCUAAGGGAAUUUGUUAUUGGAAAUAAGUUCUGAGGUAUAGAUUUCCCCUCAGAGGUAAAUAGCUUCUUCCAAGCCACAUAGCUUUAAAGCACAGCUCUAAAUGACUCUUUUAAUACAUUUUCCUUUAACUAUGUCUCUGUCAGUCCUCUUCCUACUGCUACCUGUACUGCUUAGCUGUCCAUCUCUAUUUUUUUCUCCUUCCUUUCUGUUCAGUUCCCUUCUCCAUAUGUUGUCCUCUGCUUGCUUUUGUAGAUAUAUCUUCUCCUCAAUAUGUGGGACCAUUCCUCUUGUGGUGAAAGCCAUUAGUUUUUAAUUGACACAGAUUUUUUGCACUGUGCCAUGAGGGUUGUGCAUAGGCUGAAUACUAGUUUGUAUACCUAUUUUGACAGACGGUGGUCUCUGGAGUUACCAGUGAUCUAUGCCAGGAAUUCUUCAGGUUCUAAAGGAGGGAAAUAGCCCUUCAGAUUGGUUUUUGGAACCUAGCUGAAGAGAUGGAAAUGCUACUUCAGACAGAUGUUGGUGAGCUCCUUACAACUGAAAGCUUUUGCCAGUCUGUAGAGGGGGCCUUUAAAAUGCACAAAUUCCAAACUCCAGGGCCUAUUAGAAACCCCAUCCUCUGGAUAUGCUAAGAUUACCAGGCUACUUUGGUGAGAAUUUUGGAUUAUGGGAUAGACAUAUAAACUUUUCCUGGGCAUGCAAUCUGGCAGUGUGAGAAACCCCCAGGUCUCCAUACUCUUCGUAAUGGCAGUGAUGUACUUCUGCACUGUUAGGUUUGCUUACAGUCUGUGACCUGACAGUCCUGAAGUGGCUGUGUGUGACUUAUGAGCCUCAGUGCUAUCCAUAGCCAUUUCUGUCUGCCCGUGGAAAGCAAUACUGAGGGAAGAAGGUUGUCUUUACUCUCAGGAGCCAUAGCUACCAUGUUAACUGGGACGCAUUGUGUCUUGAGUCCACUCUCUUCACCCCUGAACUACCUCUGAAAAGUUAGCAUGAUGAUUUUCCUUUAUACCAACCAGCAAUACUAUCCCUGAAACACCAGUGGAUCAGUUCUUGUGAUCCUAGACCCUUUACUGGGGAUGGAGCACCCUCUAGUGGAACAGAAAUAAUUCUGCUUUUGGAAACCAUCAACUAAAGAAGGAUCUGGCUUGGUUUGUGCUGGAACUUUGUGUCAUCAGUUACUAUUUCAGAUAGCGGGCUGUCCAAAGGGAGGUUGGAAAUGUGUUUUGUAUACUUGGUAAUGCUGUUUCUUGUAUUCCAGGUGUGCCCCCACUUCUAAGAAAAUUCAAACUAAAAAAAAGUGAAGGGGGCAAUGGAUCAUUAUAGGCAUUAUAAAUGGGUUCUUGGCUUUACAAAAAUGAUUCUCUGAGUCAGACGACCUGAGUUCUUGACCUGGGUUUGCCAUUAACUAGCUGUGUAUGACUUUGAUCUUUCUGAGCCUCAGUUUCCUCUUUUCUAUAAUGAAUUUGGACUAGAUCUCUGAGGACACUUAAAACUCUAGAAUUCUCUGGUUCUGUGAAAUGGCUUGUUCUUUUAAUGAAUUUAAAAUACAUUUGUUAAAUGAGAGGGUUGGAGUAGAUGAUCAGACAGGGGUACAAGCCAUCUGUAAUAUUCUUUGGUUUCAGAUUUGGUUUGCAGACAUUGGAUUUAUACCCAAUAUGUUAAUUAAAUAAAAUGAGACGUACCAAAAAAGAAUUGUAUUUCUUAUAAAGGGAUCUGGGAGCAGCUAGAGGGCAUUGGGUCAGCUAAGUGGCACAGUGAGUAGAGCACCGGGCCUGGAGUCGGGAGGACCUGAGUUCAAAUCUGGCCUCAGACACUUGACAUACUAGCUGUGUGACCUUGGGCAAGUCACUUAACUCCAAUUGUCCUGCCUUCCCCCCCUUAAAAAAAGGGGGGGAGGGAUCUGACAGUCAUUGUUACUGUUAAUGGCCAAGAGGCAGAAUUACAGAAUGUCUGAUCUGGAAGAGACCUUGGAGAUCCUCUAUUCUAGGGCUCACAAGCUGGGAUCUGUAAGCUUUCAAAAACAAUGUGUAGAUUUUAUUUCAUUAUAAUGGAUUUGAAAUCCCAUUUAUUAAAUUUACAUACAUUGUUUUGAGAAGGUUUUAUCAGAUUGCCAAAGGGGGUCCAUAAUAUUAUAAAAGGUCACCCUCUCCUACCUCCCACCCCACCCUAGUCCAGCUCCUUUUCGUAGAAGAGGAAACUUCAGUUCUCAGGCUAAGUGAUUUGCCUAAGUUCUCACAGCUAGUGAGUGGGUAAAGCCAGAGCCUGAAUGCAGGCUGAUGGCAAGUCCAUGACUCUGCCAGUCCUUCCUUAUGCUAACUAAACAGUAGCUGAUGACCAAAUGGGGAGAACAGUGGAGUCAUUCCUUUUGUUGCUUUGUACAGUUUUAUCUGUGGCUAAUUUAAUUACCCUCUUUGUAUCAGAGGGGUCAACACAUAAAAAUAUUUGCUUAGGUGGCUUCUUGCUGUGAAAACAAUAAGAUUUGUGGAAAUUAGUAGUAACUUACUGGGUUCCUGAAAUUAAGUUAGUACCUCCUCCUUAAUCUAGGAACUCAAGGUGGAAGCAAACAUCAUUCUUAAAUUCUCCAUUUGUGGAUGUUGGGUGUUUAAGCAGGCUACCUGGGAGGCGACAUUAUGAAGUGAAAGUGGACAUUGUGACCACUUUGUGGAGUCACCUAAUUUGCAUGUGUAUGAACAUAUAUACGUACAUACAUACAUACGUACGUAUGUACAUACAUACAUACAUGCAUGCAUGUUACCUCAUCCUUGUCAUUCGACACACAGAGAGUGAGUAAAUUUCACCUGUUCCCUGAGAUACUUAAGGGAAUGUGAUGUAGUAGAAAGAGCAUUCAGGUCUGACGAGGAUUGGAGGGGCCUGCAGUCUGGCACCAGCUCUUCCAUUAACUUGCUUUGGCCCCUUAGACAAACCUGAGUUUCCGUCUGUUAAAAGUUGAGAUGGUUGAACUACAUCAUCUUAGCUAAGAUCCUUUCCAGGUCUAACAUGCUGUAAAUGAACUUCUGUCUAGCUUUUUGGCAUCAUUAUCCCCAGUUCUACAAGUGUUAAACAGGAAACAAAAAAAAAAAAGACACGACUCGCUUAUAAUGAGCUCCUCAGACGCUGUGACAGUUGUUACAGACUUCGAUGAUGUUCUAGAGGUUCUUUGGGUCAAUACGCUUUCCUGGUGGAGGGAAAAAGGGACCCAGCAUCAUUGAAACCCUGUACUAAACUGCUGCUGUCACCUUGACUUACCAUUAGAGGACAAUCUCACUCUGUCCUUGGGCAUAACUGGAGUUACACUAGCGAAUAUCUUUCUCUUCCCAUACCCAUGGCUGGUAUUGUGGGAUGUGGCAUCAUUUGGUAGCUCUGUUUCUGUUUAGACCCAGAGGUCCUAAGACAGUGGGGUCUCAAAGUUGGGGUUUAUGAAUCGGGUGAGGUGACCCGAAAACUCAGAGGCUUGAGAAAGUGUUUUGACCUUUGAUCCGUAAUAUCUUAUGCUAUCCUAACCACAUCAUUUCACAUGACAAUGGGAAUGGGGGGGGGGGGGAGAAGAUUGGAGAGGAACACACAAGGCAAAGACUCCCAGGAGUGGGAUAGGAAAUGGGAAGAGAGGCAAGUCUGCCCAGUACACUUGGGCUGCAGUUGGUGGGUAUUUUAAUCACCAGACUUCCCCACUGUUCCCCCCAUAUGGUGAUUGUGAAUCUCAUCUGUAUGUCAGGAUAGCCUGUAAUGGGUGGUUCUGUGGCAAGUGCAAUGUGUUUGGGAGUCAGAGGACCUGGAGUCAAAUACUGGCUCUAUUAAGACAACCCAUGUGACUAUGUAUAUUCCUUUCAUAAGCAUCUAUUAAGUUCCCAUAUGGCAGAUAGUAGAAGUACAAAAAAAAUCCCUGCCCUCAAUGGGCUUACAUUAUAUUGAGGCAAGACAGCAAAUACACAUCUAAUUAAAUACAAAAUUAUACUUUAAUCCAGCAUUUUUAAGCCUUAGUCAUUCACCAGUCACUGCUAACUGUUGGGGAUCCAAAGAAAGGCAAAAACAGUUUGCUCACCAGGAGGUUACGUUCUAAUGAGAGAGACAACAUGAAUAAUUAGAUGCAUACAAAUAUAUAUGGGAUACAUGGAAGAUAAUGGGGAAGGAAGGCCUCCUACAGAAGCCUUUGGACCGGAUCUGAAAGGGAUCCAGGAAAAUUAAAAGGUCUGCAGGUGAUGGGACAGCUAGGGCAAAGGCACAGAGGUGGGAGAUAUGGAGUGUUAUGUGUGUGUGAGAGAGGAUAGGUUGAUACUGUAGCCAGAUUGUAGGUGAUCAGAUCUGUGCUUGAGGAAAUUUACUUUGGAAAGGGAAAGAGAAGUGCACUUAAAAGACUGUUGCGGUAAUCCAUGUGAGAAGUGACAAGGCCUGAACUUGCUGAGUGAAAAGAAUAUGAUAUCUAGAAGAGUUAGAAACAAAAAAAAUUUGGCAUUGAAUUGGAUAUGUGGGGUGAGUAAGAAUGAGGAUUUGGGGAUGACACCAAGAUUAUGGACCUGGGUAAUUGGGAGUGUGCAGUGGUGCCUUGUAUAGGAAUAGCAUAUCUCAGAAGGUAGAGUGGGGUUUGGGAAAAGAUGAGUUCUAUUUAAGGCAUGUUGAUUUUGGGAUGCUUUGGGGACAUGCAGUUCAAGAUGAAUGACUAUAGCUCAGGAGAGACUAGGGC